AUGUCACUGCAGAGAGGAGCGAGAGAGAGAGAGAGCGAGCGAGCGAGUGAAUCCGCUCAGCUCAAUUACCUCGUCCGCCAGUCUACUCUCGGCGUCAAGGUCGAGAACGUGUGGUCCGGGAGCAAGAGCUACCCCGGAGUGCUCGAUCGGUUCACUCUGUUGAUUCCUUACUGCCUGGACUACAUCAAGUGGGAUGUUCUAUACAACGCGGAGUUUCCCCUUUGUCCCCCAGAUGUUAUAUUCGCGCCAGAAGAUGAACAUUUUCAUCCGUUUCGGCUGAGGAGCAGGGAGGGAGGAAACGAAAUGGAGGGAGCCAAGAACAGCUUGUCUGAUUGGAACCACAAAGACCCUACUCGGCUAUGUGCUCUCAUCCAAGAACUGAGGGAUGAGUACACGGACUAUCAGAGGAGACGUGCUGGAGAGGUUGAUGAUGAUAGGCUGACGUUCGAGAUUAGCACUAUUUUGUCUAGGGAGGGAAUUGAAAUGCAUAUGAGUUCUGGACUUGAUAAGCCACAGGAGGUAAAGUUUGCAGUUCCCCUGGUGGACAUGAAUAUAAACAAAGUGGUGCAUGGAUGCCCUUGGCGACAUCUCCAGAAAAUACAUUUACAGGUUGUGUAUCCAGUUGGAAAAAAGUAUGUAUCUGCUGCCUCCGCCCCUCGUCUUAAGUUAGUAUCUACUCCUGAAUUGAAGGCUUUAUUUUCAGUGGACGAUGUCAAGCUUCCUUCAUGGGUGGAUGGAAUGUGCAUGGCUGAAUACCUUCCCCAUCUCGAAGAAUCUCUUCAAGGACAGAUUAUGGAAGCAGUAGCACUAAUCGAUAUUAGGAGGCACUUUAUCGAGGCAUUAGCCCCUGUGUUUGGCAGACCAGUGGAAGCUGAUCCGGUCUUUUGCAGAAAAGCAACGGUUCUGGUUGCCUCUGGCGUAUUCACCUUUCUGGUAUCACUUAUAUUUUGCUAUGUCUUCUUUAUUUUAGACUCUGAUAUCACACUCUGUUGCAACAAGCAUGAGCUCGACACAAGAGUUGGGAGAGAGAGAGGAGCUGUUCUACAACGAUGGCACAACGGAGGCCACUUCUUUCGAUAGGAGUAGCUAAAGACAUUGGAGGUAACAGCAGUUGAGAGAGAGAGAGAGAGAUUCCUGCCAACCAUUUUGCCGCCAUCGCCGGCCUUCAUGGCGAUGGUGGGGGGUGGCGGCAACAAGGGCAGCCCUUGCCGCCUGCUUCUUUUUCUUUUUUAGCUUAUUUUUUACUUCAAUCUUAAUUAAAAUUUGUAUUAAAAAUUAUAUUUAGACAAAAAAAGAUGUCGUUUUAGCAUUAUGUUUUGUGUUUUAGCCAUAUUAUCGUCAUGGAAGAGAGUAUAAAUAUUAAAAAAAAUCACGUCGGCAAUUUUCGUUUAUCAAGUUAGAAGAAAUUAACAGAAUGACUUAACUGCAUCAGUCUGAUAAAUUUUAGAAUUUAAUUGCAUAUUUUGCAAAUUUUAGGAUUCAACUACACUUUCGUGAUAAAUUUUAGGACUUUUAUUGCACGUACCUUACGAAGGACACCUAAUUUAAGUUGCAUGUGCCCGUCCGUCAUGGGGAAGAAUGGUGCACGACAAUAUUGUUUCUUUGCCCUCCCUUUGGUUUGUCCACAUCGUUUGGUUGUCCUGUUAUGGAAUAUGCUCCCACUAGUUCUCUCUCCCACAUAGUGCAUAUUACCUCCCACUACAACGAGAGAGAUUAUAAAUAGCACAAUUGAGUACAUCAGUUUCACUCCCAACACAUCAGUCUUUCUUUAAUCAUCUCAGUUGAAAGUAGAUAUAAAAGAAAAAUAAAAAUUUGGUCCAACUCUGUCAUACCACGAUGGCAAAACACUUUCGCUUCUCUUUCGCAUGUCGGUGCUCUUUGCUUUUGGUUUUGAUUUUGUGCCAUGACGUUUUCCAUGUUGAAGAAAGGCAUUUGAGGGAAGUUUCAAAGGCUCAUCGUCGUCAUCACCACCACCACCAUCAUGAGACGGGUGUGAGCGUGAGCGCUGGAAGAAGUUUCGGAGGUGGUGAAGGAAGAGGUAAGAAGAGGACGAGUAAGGUUGAGCAUGUUGCAAAUUUUCGAUCGACCAAGCCUGGUCACAGCCCUGGUGUUGGUCACUCAAUCAACGCUUGAAGCUUCUUCACUCCCUCUCUCUCUCGCUCUCUCUUUCUCUCAUUGAAUUUCUUCGGCCUCAAGGAGUUGGUUCUACCGCGUAAUUCUUCUUCUUUGUACUUAAAAGCUCUCUCUCAUUGAAUAUCUUGCAGCUUCAAGGAGUUGGUUCUACAGUGUAAUUAUUCUUCUUUGUAUUUAAAAGCUCUUUCUCUCUC